AUGCUGGCUCGGAGAACCUCUGCCUACUCCAAAGUCUUCCAAAUCUUCCCAAAGACAAUCCCGAAACGAGCGAUAUAUUCGCCGCAACCAUCCUUACGGCAUCCAGCAUUCCAAUUGGCGAAGAUGUCUACACGGGCAGAGACCGAUGCCUUCGGCGAGGUCAAAGUCGAUUCAUCCAAAUACUGGGGCGCUCAGACCGAGCGUUCUCUGGGAAACUUCAACAUCAACCAACCUCAAGACCGUAUGCCUCCACCCAUAAUACGAGCUUUCGGCAUCCUCAAGGGAGCUGCAGCGACAGUGAACAUGGAAUUUGGGCUCGAUCCAAAAAUUGGAAAAGCGAUACAGCAGGCUGCAGAUGAGGUUACUUCACUCAAGCUUAUCGAUCACUUUCCUCUGGUAGUAUGGCAGACAGGGUCCGGAACCCAGUCCAACAUGAACGCGAACGAGGUGAUAUCGAAUCGGGCGAUUGAAAUUCUAGGCGGGACUAUGGGAUCCAAGAAACCUGUCCAUCCCAAUGAUCACGUCAACAUGUCAGCUUCCUCAAAUGACAGCUUCCCCACGGUCAUGCAUAUCGCCGGCGUGCUAGAAUUAGAAGAGAACCUCAUCCCCGCAAUGAAGAGCUUGCGAGAAGCUCUGGAGAAGAAACGACAGCAAUUCGAGCACAUUAUCAAGAUCGGCCGCACCCAUCUUCAAGAUGCUACACCUCUCACCCUCGGCCAAGAAUUCUCCGGCUACGUCGCACAAUUAGACAGAGGCCUCGAACGCGUAGAAAGUGCGCUGCCACACCUACGACUUCUAGCUCAAGGCGGUACAGCUGUCGGAACGGGGAUCAACACGUUCAAAGGCUUCGCUGAAGCCGUAGCCGCCGAGAUCAGCAAGAUGACACAGACGGAGUUCUCCACAGCGCCAAAUAAGUUCGAGGCACUCGCUGCGCACGACGCGGUUGUUGAGGCUUCAGGUGCACUCAAUACUAUCGCAACAUCCCUUUUCAAAAUCGCGCAGGAUAUCAGGUAUCUGGGCUCUGGCCCGCGAUGCGGGCUGGGAGAGCUCGUCCUCCCGGAAAAUGAACCCGGUUCUUCGAUCAUGCCUGGCAAAGUCAACCCUACGCAAUGCGAAGCCUUGACCAUGAUAUGCGCGCAAGUCAUCGGGAAUCAUACUGCGGCUACAGUGUCAAAUAUGAAUGGGCAAUUCGAGCUGAACGUGUUCAAGCCCGUUAUCAUUCGGAAUCUACUGCAUAGUAUCAGGAUCUUGAGUGAUGGUAUGAGAAGCUUUGAGAAGAAUCUCGUUGCUGGGCUGGGCGCGGAUGAGGAGAGGAUUGGGAAAUUGUUGCAUGAAAGUCUCAUGCUAGUGACAUGUCUAAAUCCUGUCAUCGGAUACGACAUGGCUUCCAAAGUCGCAAAGAACGCGCACAAGAAAGGCCUGACGCUGAAAGAGAGCGCAAUGGAGUUGAAAGCACUCAGCGAGGAGGACUUUGACACGCAUGUCCGGCCUGAAUUGAUGAUUAGUCCGAAGGAAAAGUAG